UGUGAAAACUUUUGGAGCCAUUUUGGCGUGAAUGGUGCAACUACCUGUGAAGAGAAGUGUCAGCAGCUUUAACUGCAGUGGACAUGCUGUCUUUGUAUUGUGAUAAAUUAGUCUAACUGCGCCACACAGUGUCCGUUUGUGGAAGUUACAGUUAAACUGCUUCUUUACUUACCUUUCCUACAUAGUUGAAGAUGAUAUUAAAGGGAGUCUGCUGCUGGCCUGAGUAUUUGCAGACUAGGACUAUACAUGUCAGCACCACUACGACGUAGACAGCGAACAGAGUGAGGAAAUCCAUGCGACUACAGAGAGACGAAACAACAGGUGUCUAUGGUACAAACUCACCACGAACAGUGCUCCACACAAUGCAACAAGGCAUCACAAGACACCUGUUGGAUCUAGUUGCCGACAUGGCCCAGCACUCAUAUUACAGCUCGCAGUGCUGGAGAGGGGAGCAUUACUCUGGAGCUGUGCAUGAACAUCUAUGGAUGGUGUUUAAAAAGUCCUCAGCAUGCCGUCGUCCAACCAGGGCUGGCCUGAGGAGUUUGGCUUCCAGCUGGGUGGCAAUGGACCCAGCUACAUCCUGUCUGUGGAGGAGGGCAGCAGCGCCCACCUGGCGGGGUUGCAGGCUGGGGACCAAGUCCUGGAGAUCGAGGGCCACAACGUGUCAACGCUGGGUCCCCAAGCUGUCGUCGCCAUCGCCCAGACUCAGAAGAACAUCCCUCCCAGUAUUGGAGUGGUGUCCCGGAUACAGCAGAUGGACAUCAUACCAGGUCCAGACGGUCGUUUUGGGUUCACCAUCGUGGGAGACUGCCCCCUGCUGGUGGAGGACUGCUCGCCUUGCUCUCCAGCCGGCCGCGCAGGCCUGAGGGCCGGCGAUUACGUCAUGGAGGUCAACGGCAUCCCCGUCAGGCAGCACGAGACGGCCGCGGCGCUGAUCAAGGCCUCGCAGGGUAGGACGCUCCGUCUGGGGGUGCUGUGUCUCGGCCCGAGACAGAAACGCAGCAUCAGCGUAGAGGACAGUCAGAUGGGAGGAGAGGGGGCGAGACUGGACCGGAAACAUAAAGCUCUGGAGUUCAACAGGAGGAUUGACCAGAUUUUAGGCGACGAACCCGAAGUGAAAGAGAAACUCUUCACCGUGCUGAAGCAGUAUGCAGCCGAGAAGAGAGUCGAGUGGCUGGCCUCGGUCCUGCCCGACAUACUCACCACUGAUGAGCAUCGGCAGCUCAUCUCCAGCAUCAGAAUCUUCAUUCCCAAGAAGCACCGGCAGCGCUUCGACGAGGCCGUGUCCCAGAACGUGAUCAACCGGCUGUGUCGCAGCAAGAGCAUCAGCGAGCCGCAUGGCCGAAUCCGGCGCAGUCGGAGUGAGGAUCACUCCGAGCGCCACCACGGGUCCAAACGGGCCAGCUCAGUGCCCAGAGAUGGAGAACCCGGGGGGGGAGGGGAGAGAGACAGGGGCGUAAGGAAGUCCGUCUCUGGGAUACCCGCACAUCCCCCCAUCGGACCCAAUCAGAGGAUAAUUCGUGUCUACCGAGGGAAGAAGAACUUUGGCUUCACUCUUCGAGGUCACGCCCCCGUCUGCAUCGACUCGGUUAUCCCAGAUAGCCCUGCUGAGGAAUGUGGACUGAAAACAGGCGACCGUAUCCUCUUUCUCAAUGGACUGGACAUGAGGAACUGUUCCCAUGAGAAGGUGGUGUCCAUGCUGCAGGGCAGCGGGGCAAUGCCCACUCUGGUGGUGGAGGAGGGUCCGUCUGAGUACUCCUCAGACCAAACCGACCCGGAGGAGUCUCCGAGCCUGGCCCCCACCACGUUACCGCGCUCCAGGUCCCCAGCUCUUAGUUCUCUGCAGUGGGUGGCAGAGAUUCUUCCGCCGAGCAUCAAAGUCCACGGGCGGACCUUCAGCCAGCAGCUGGAGCACCUGCUGACCAUCCAGGAGAGGUACACAGUCUGCAAGUCCCUGGAGACCUUCUUCCAGCACAGGAAUGUGGACACUCUGAUAGUAGACGUGUUUCCGGUGUUGGACACUCCGGCCAAACAGUUGAUCUGGCAGUUCAUCUCCCAGCUACUGACGUACGAUGAACAGGAGCGCUGCCAGGGCAAGCUGUCACGCUUCCUGGGUUUCAAGAGCAGUGCCGCGUUGGAGCCUGACGUAGGCCCGGAGCACCACCGGCGGAGCAGCUCCAUGCGCGUGACGGGGUCGUCCUAUCGCGGCAUCGUCCGAGAGAGGAGCUCUGACGACUGCAUCAUCGGGACUCACCUGGGAAUGGGAAUUCAUGUGGAUGAAUCCGGGAGCCCGGAGGAGAGGCAGUCAGGAGAUGGAACCUCCUUCCCCGAGUCCCCUGACCUCAAUCAUAUGACAGGGGUGUACACGGAGCUGGAGAAUGUGUACGCGGGGAAGAGUGUGUCACCACUGCGGGGGGGCUCCUCAGCAGAGCCCGAGAGGCCGGGACAGACUGAGGCCUACGGGCGCUCUCUCUCCCCCCUCACACUCCCCCCUCUAACAGGUAGCCGUAAAUCCGGCCUGUCCCUGUCCUGGAAAGAGCCUCUCCCCACUCCUGUGUAUGAGAUCCACCACCAGAGCAGCGUGGACUCCAACCCUUACGUCAGCCUGGAAAGCCCCCCCGCCUCCCCUCAGCCCUCGGACGGCUGCCCCAACACGCUGACCCGCCGCAAGAAGCUGUUCACCUUUUCCCGCCCGCCUCGCAGCCGGGACACAGACAAGUUCCUGGACUCUCUGAGCGAGCAGCUGGGCCACCGGGUCACUCUGGUGGAUGACUUUGCACACGGAGAGAAUGACUAUGAGGAGAUAUAUCAAGGUGGUUGUCUUGGUUUCAGAAGAAGAGGGAUGCCUAUGAGUUUCCAGGAGGAGCAGGACAUGGGCUUCGUGCCCCGGCGCCUCAGCAGUGGCAGCAGUGAGGAUCACAGUAGCAGCGACGAGGCCUCCUCUCCCUGCUACUCCUCAGGAUCGGAACUCAUCCCGCCACCUCCCACCCAGAGCCCCCCGCCUCCCCCACCUUUCCAGGCUCUGAUACCGCCCCCUGUUCAAUUCACUGACCCCGUGCCGCCGGUCCGCUUCUCCCCUGAGCACGUCCCCCGCAGCCGGAUGCCCUUCCAGCCGCAGCACCCCAUCAUCCCUCCUCCGCCGCCCCCUCCGAGGACCCUCCUGUCCAACCGCUCUCCUCUACACAAAGUGAUCCCCGCCAGAGAAGAAGCUCAUCAGCGCUUCCACACGACCAUCACCACCACCACCCGCCUCUCGCACGGCCACAGCGCCCUGGGCUCCAGCACCCUGCGCUCCUCCCAGCCGUCCCGCCCCUGCUACCUCCCCCGGCAGUUCAGUCAGCCCCAGCCUAUCCUGCAGCCGUCCCCCCAGCCCUCCCCUCAGCCGCUGAGACCGAGCCAGCUCGUCCUCCAGAGGCACCACCAGCUCCACCACCAACACAGCUAUCAGGGCCCGCUGCCGCCUUCCCUCCAGGAUCACAGCUCGUCCCAUUGUCCGAGCCAAGGCCCCGGGGGCUCCCCGCUGCACUCCAAGCCUCCGGCCUCUUACUCCACUCUCCCCAGUCACACUAAAACCUAUGAAACCCCAAAGCAGGAACAGCAGACGCAGCAGGCCCCUCCGCCCCCACCUCCACCUCUGCCCCCACCCUGUGACCCGCCUCCGCUUCCCAAGUCGGGCAACCACGCCUCGGACACCAACCACAUGAGUGUGAAGAGGCUGCGCUGGGAGCAGGUGGAGAACUCCGAGGGAACCAUCUGGGGUCAGCUCGGAGAGGACUCAGACUAUGACAAGCUCACUGACAUGGUGAAGUUCUUGGACCUCGAUCUUCACUUCGGGACUCAACGCCGAUCUAUCUCUCCUCCAGAGCCAACCUUCUUGCCAGAGAACUUUAAAAAGAAAGACGUGGUGGAGAUUCUGUCUCAUAAGAAAGCCUACAACGCCUCCAUCCUCAUCGCCCAUCUGAAGCUCUCCACCGCCGAGCUGCGUCAGAUCUUGUUGAACAUGACGACCGAGCGGCUGGAGCCGGCUCACAUCAAGCAGCUGCUGCUCUACGCCCCGGACGACGAGGAGGUCAAACAGUUUGAGACGUUUGAACAGGAUCCGGCCAAACUCAGCGAGCCCGACCAGUUCAUUUUCCAGAUGUUGACGGUGCCCGAGUAUAAAACCCGUCUGCGGAGCCUCCACUUCAAGACCACCCUGCAGGAGAGGACGGAGGAGAUGAAGGUCGCGUACGAUUACAUCUACAAGGCUUCGGUGGAGCUCAAGAGCAGCAAGAAACUGGCCAAAAUACUGGAGUUUGUACUUGCAAUGGGGAACUACCUUAACAAUGGUCAGCCCAAGAGCCACCGGACAACCAGUUUUAAAAUCAACUUCCUAACUGAGUUGAGCACGACCAAAACGGUAGACGGGAAAUCCACCUUUCUGCACAUUCUGGCCAAGUCUCUGUGCGAACACUUCCCCGAGCUGCUCAACUUCUCCAGAGACCUGACAACAGUGCCUCUGGCAGCCAAGGUGAACCAAAGGGCCAUCACAGCAGAGCUGAGUGAUCUGCACUCCACCAUCCUGGACAUCAGGAAGGCCUGUCUUAAGAUCCCGCCCACCUCCGAGGACCACUUUGCCUCCGUCAUGAGCAGCUUUUUGGAGAACAGCCACCCUGCAAUCCAGUCUCUGGAGUCCCUGCAGACCCGAGCCAUGGAGGAGUUCUCCAAGGUGGCCUCUUUCUUCGGAGAGGACAGCAAGUCCGCCAACACGGAGUCCUUCUUCGGCAUCUUUGCGGAGUUCAUGUGCAAGUUUGAGAGAGCUCUCAGUGAGACCCAGACUCCAGAAAACCCCAGAAGCCCCAGACUGUCUUCCCCUCUGGCCUGGUAGAAGCAAGAACCGCGGGCAGACGUCGGGCCAAACCGACAGGCCGGUCGGCUCCAUUUUCACUCUGCUCUCCAUAACCAAAGUGCCAAGAUCACACACAGAGACACUCGGACCAACAGGAACAGAGACCACGUCAUCUAUAGCAAACAGAAUGGAAAUGCACUCUAUCUAUUUGUAGAUAAUCACGGCUAGUGAGUGCCCCGUGUGCUACAUUACUGUAACUUCAGGUGCUGGGUAGAGCCGGCUUCACAUUACGUACAUCUUUUUAGCACUAACAUUACACAGCAGGAAGAAAAAGAUACAUUACAGAAGCCAUCCAUGUACAUUUCAUUGCUCCGGUGCAUUACAAUGAGAUGUAAGUCAUGAAAUCAACUGGUCUGGAUAUUUAGAUUACUUGCUAUGUUUAAUACAUGACUAUAUAAAGUUUAUAUUUUCUAUCAGAACAUAUUUGAAAAUUGUAAAGAUUAAGCGUAUAUGUAGUCAGACGACAGUUAUCUAGAAGCAAGGUGAUUCACAAGUGUAGUUUAGUUAGCGUGUACAGAGCCAGACAGUUCAUACAGUAGUGCGCUCACUGCCUCCCAUACAGCACAAUUUGAUUUGAAAAAGUAGAUAUCAGAGUUUUUUCCAACAUUGCUGGUCUGGACUUAGAGAUGUGGUCAUUUAACAGACUGUGAAUUUAAAGGGCAUCUAUUAUGGGAGUUAUAAUAAAACAACAAAGAUAAUAGUUUCCAUCUCCAUACACAGGGAGAUAAAGUCAUCCACAACCAGCUCUGGUUCACCUUUGUCCUUUGCAAAUUACAUUUCUAAAUUCUCUUUGACGAUCAGUCAUUUCUAUGGAAAAAAAAAAAAAAAAAAAAAAAAUGCCGUUAAGAUUUAGACUCCAGUCAUCACAUCCCAACUGGACUCGAUCCUGAUCAUACACAGCCCCUGAAAUCUGUCCAGUCAGGCCAGUUUGCAGCGCAUCAACUGGACAGCCUCGUAACAAUAAGCUUGAGUCAGCAUCAGCUUUGUCAUUUUUCUGCCUGCGAGGACUCUAAAUUUAUCCGAUAGCACAUAUUUAUUUUGCCAAACAUCAUUUAGAACACAUUUCACAGUAAGGCAACACUGACUAUAUCAGCACAUGGUGACACGUGGCUUACAGAUCAUCUGUUUAAUAGACCGUGUGGGUGGAACGCCUCGUUUUAGUCAGCACAGAAAGUUGAGAGGCAGCUGAGCCGUUUGCUUCUGCUAAUAGCUCUGCACUUUGUCAAGUAUCUCUCGAGUGUUGUGAACGCAGCCCGGCUUCAGCAAUUGUGUGGCUGCUGAAUGAAUGAAUGUCAAAUGCAUGUAGGGAGAAAAAAACUAAAAAACAUCCUACUGUAAAUGGUCAUUUCCUGCUUUUCCAGUCGUCAUGGUGAUCUGACUCAUCUACAGUACAGUGUACCUGUAGCUGUGUUGCUAUUUGUCAAUUAACUAUUGUUGAGAUUGUACAUUGUUACGUUUUUUUUGCUAUGCACUGCUCAUCAUUUUUUUGUAUCGUAUGCUUGUGUCCUACAAGUCCUAGUUUAUUUUCCUAUUCAAGAGUGUCAUCAGGAAAUGUACCAUUUUAUUUAUUCUUUAUGCACAGCUUUAGUCAGGCUUACGAGGUGACUGAUCUCGUAAAAAUGCAAUUCUAGGCUGCUACUAGUGUAGUAACGUUUUUUUUUGUCCAAAAUCGAUUGCAUGUUGGUGCGGUUCAUGUAUUAAGAUGUGCAGCUGGUAGCAUUACCCCUCCCUGGAUAUUUAAGUUUAAAAUAAAUACAGUUCUGUUGGUCUAGUUAGGUUUGCGUAUCAGUUGCCUACAGGCUCCCUUUUAUAUUCGUUUUAUAUGUUUUCAUGGGAAGUUACUCAUGUUUUGAAAUUGUUUGACCUUUCAUGUUUUGUUCAACGCUUUCAAACGAAGGCUAUG